GAAUCCCUCCCCUACACUAGAAGCGCCGUUCGCCAAUUGAGCGCUCACAGGCUGCCGGGCUCUGGUGCGCGCACCCGCUCAGCACUCUUACUCCCCGGAGCGCGCUCCCGCUCCCUGACGCGCGCUCGCUCGCUCCGCGCUGUGUCUCUCGCGCCCGCUCGCUCAGUCAGUCAGAGGCUCCGUUAAGCGACGGCAGGUUCCUGUUUCCGUAUUUUCACCCCCCCUCCAGACCCGCAUCCGCGCGCCGACGCCUCCUGCAAGCCGGCACCCGCAGCAGGAGGGGAGCCGGCGGGCGGUGCUGCUGCUACUCGGGUCACUGUCUUUGUAAAAUUCAAGGAGAGAAGCAGAUACACGUGAUCCAGCUUCAAGUAGAAAAAAAUCUUCAUUACCUUCCAUAGACGAAAAAAGACACAGUUAAUUUCACUGACUGCUGGAUCAGAGGAAACAGUUAUUUCCCUAGAAGCCCAUCAUGCAACUGUUUCUACUUCCUACUGUCAUGGAGAAGAAUAUAAAACGAAGAAGCACGUGAUACUAAAGCUUUCUACGUACAACAUUAUAAGGAUCUCUCUCAAAGAAUUGCUGUAGGACUAACACUGAUUAUAAUUUGUCUUAAGCAUAAUGUGGUGAAACAGAGGAACAGAAGUUGUCCAUCUUUGUGGAGACUAAGGAAUUACAAUGUUUAUUUUGUGAGCUAAAACAGUUUUGCAGUGAACUGAGCAUAUGAAAAUGCGGCCAUGGACUGGUUCCUGGCGUUGGAUUAUGCUCAUCCUCUUUGCCUGGGGGACCUUGCUAUUUUAUAUAGGCGGACACUUGGUACGAGACAAUGAACACCCAGAUCACUCCAGCCGUGAACUAUCCAAGAUACUUGCAAAGCUUGAACGUUUAAAACAGCAAAAUGAAGACUUAAGGCGGAUGGCAGAGUCUCUCAGGGAAACAAGUUGGGGAGGACAAAGGGAGACUGGAGGAACUAAGUGACAAAUAAAAGGAAGAACAGAGAAGCAAUGAGAGGAGAGCAAUAUACAAGAAAGCUACAGAGAAAAUAUUUUUUACUGAAAUCAAUUAAAGUUGAACCAUGGAAGAUGUUUAUGUAGUUUAGAAAGGAUACCGGAUGGUCCCAUUGAUCAGGGGCCAGCUGCAGGAAGGGUACAUGCUUUAGAAGAGCAGCUUUUAAAGGCCAAAGAGCAGAUAGAAAACUAUAAAAAACGAACUGGAGAUGCAGGCAUGGGGAAAGACCAUGAAAUAUUGAGAAGAAGGAUUGAAAAUGGAGCCAAGGAACUUUGGUUUUUCCUUCAGAGUGAAUUGAAGAAGUUGAAAAAUUUGGAGGGAAGUGAACUCCAAAGACAUGUUGAUGAAUUUCUAUCUGAUCUGGGUCACCAGGAAAGGUCGAUAAUGACAGAUCUGUACUACCUCAGUCAAACAGAUGGAGCAGGUGAUUGGCGAGAAAAAGAAGCCAAAGAUCUGACAGAGCUGGUACAGAGGAGAAUAACAUAUCUUCAGAACCCCAAGGAUUGCAGCAAAGCCAAGAAACUUGUGUGUAAUAUCAACAAAGGCUGUGGCUAUGGCUGUCAACUUCAUCAUGUUGUCUACUGCUUCAUGAUUGCAUAUGGAACACAACGAACACUCAUUUUGGAGUCUCAGAAUUGGCGCUAUGCUACUGGUGGCUGGGAGACUGUCUUUAGACCUGUAAGUGAGACGUGCACAGACAGAUCAGGCACUACCACUGGACACUGGUCAGGUGAAGCAAAUGAUAAGAAUGUUCAGGUGGUGGAACUUCCCAUUGUUGACAGCCUACACCCACGACCACCUUAUUUGCCAUUGGCUGUCCCAGAAGACCUGGCUGAUAGACUAAUUCGUGUCCAUGGGGAUCCUGCGGUGUGGUGGGUCUCGCAGUUUGUCAAAUAUUUGAUUCGCCCACAGCCAUGGCUAGAAAAGGAAAUCGAAGAAGCAACAAGGAAACUUGGUUUCAAACAUCCAGUUAUUGGUGUUCACGUCCGAAGGACAGACAAAGUGGGAACAGAGGCAGCAUUUCAUCCCAUUGAAGAGUACAUGGUACAUGUUGAAGAACGUUUCCAGCUUCUUGCCCGCAGAAUGCAUAUAGACAAAAAACGGGUUUAUUUGGCUACCGAUGACCCUUCGCUACUACAAGAGGCAAAAUCUAAAUAUCCAAAUUAUGAAUUUAUCAGUGAUAACUCCAUAUCUUGGUCAGCUGGACUUCAUAAUCGAUACACUGAAAACUCACUGCGGGGUGUUAUUCUGGAUAUCCACUUUCUGUCUCAGGCAGACUUCCUGGUCUGUACGUUUUCGUCACAGGUUUGUCGAGUUGCCUAUGAAAUCAUGCAGACUUUGCAUCCAGAUGCUUCAGCAUAUUUCCACUCUUUGGAUGAUAUCUACUAUUUUGGAGGACAGAAUGCGCACAACCAGAUUGCCAUUUAUGCCCAUCAUCCACGAACUGCUGAUGAAAUCCCCAUGGAACCUGAAGAUAUAAUUGGUGUGGCUGGAAACCACUGGGAUGGUUACUCUAAAGGCAUCAAUAGGAAAUUAGGGAGAACAGGCCUAUACCCAUCUUACAAAGUAAAGGAGAAAAUCGAGACAGUCAAGUACCCUACAUACCCAGAGGCUGACAAAUAGAACAAAAGGAGGGUUGUCACUCACUCAAUUCUAAUCGGUUCGAACCAACCAACAUACAGAAGGCUUAUAUGGGAUUUGAAUUUGCAUUUUAACAUGUAGUUAAAAUGAAAGCCUUCAGCAUUCAGACUGAAUAAGAAGCUUGGAGCAAAUGGACAGGUCAUUAUUUGAACUUUGUGUUGAACUUUUUUUUUUGUUGUAUGCACUCUCACACAUGCGCGUGCACACAUCCUCCCAGGAAAACUGUUAUUUUAUACUAUUUGUCUCUUUCAAGAUUUGUCCCUGUCAUUAGUCAUGUGUGAGCUUUGUGCUCUCCUCUUUGCCAUUAAUUGACUAUAAUACUCAGACUUAUAACACUGCCAUAUUGUGUAAUUUGAGUGACAUGAACAUAUUUUGUAUGUGCGGAAUUUACAACAUGGUGCCUAUAUUUGAAAGAUCUGUGACCUUUUCAGAAGAGCCAUGCCCAGUUCCACUGAUAGGCAAGAGUUGAUCUUUAACUGGUCUUGUCACGAGUGGCGAACUUGCUCCAAUCAACAGGUUCAAAAAUCAGACUAGAUCUUUUUUCUUUACAAGAUUCUUUUAAAAGAAACAAUUCCAUUGAUUAGUUCACCUCAUCAAUAAUAAAGGAUACAUCCAAACAAUAAAAUAUUCACUGUCUGUUAGGAACUUUUGUAAACAAUGCCAUGAACAGAUUCUUUAGUACUGUAUGUUUCUGGACAUUGUCUUUGAUAACAAAAAAUAAAUUUAAAAAACGA